GAUGGCGCUCCGCCCUCUCUUAGCGCACGCAUGCGCAGUCGCUCGCUUUCCCGUCCCAAUAACAAUCAUUGAAAACGAACAGCAACCCCCGAAGAUUGUUACUUCAUCAGGCCUCUAUUUCCAACAAAUCGAGCCGACCAUGGCAGAAUUACGCCACCGAGGAGCGACGGAUAAAGAACUGCAGCAUCAGAACUCGGAGGAUAAGGGCUCUGAAACAGAGGGUAAGGAAAGAGAUGGAGCCUCGGACAAUGAGACCAAGUCAGACUCUGGGGUUCCCGUUCCUGCCGAUGACACACCAGUGGUUCUCAACAAAGCCCUCUCUGGACUUUCCUCACGAUGGAAGAACUGGUGGGUGAGGGGCAUCCUCACACUGGCUAUGAUCUCCUUCUUCUUUAUCAUUAUAUAUCUCGGUCCGAUGGUGCUGAUGAUGAUUGUGCUGUGUGUUCAGAUCAAGUGCUUCCAUGAGAUCAUCACAAUUGGUUACAGCGUGUAUCACUCUUACCACCUGCCCUGGUUCAGAACACUAAGCUGGUACUUCCUGUUGUGUGUGAACUACUUCUUCUAUGGUGAAACGGUGACAGAUUAUUUCUUCACACUGGUGCAGAGGGAGGAGCCUCUACGCAUCCUCAGCAAAUACCACCGCUUCAUUUCCUUUGCCCUGUAUCUCACAGGGUUCUGCAUGUUUGUUCUGAGCCUGGUGAAAAAACACUAUCGCCUGCAGUUCUACAUGUUCGGCUGGACUCAUGUGACCUUGCUGAUUGUGGUGACUCAGUCCCACUUAAUCAUUCAUAACCUGUUUGAGGGGAUGAUCUGGUUUAUUGUGCCCAUCUCCUGUGUUAUCUGUAAUGACAUCAUGGCUUACAUGUUUGGCUUCUUUUUCGGUCGCACCCCUCUCAUCAAGUUGUCUCCUAAGAAGACGUGGGAGGGGUUUAUCGGUGGCUUCUUCUCCACUGUUGUUUUUGGAAUCCUACUGUCCUACUUGAUGUCAGGUUACCGCUUCUUUGUGUGUCCUGUGGAGUUUAACAAUGACUCCAACAGUUUCACAGUAUACUGUGAACCGUCUGAGCUCUUCCAGCUUCAGAACUACGGUCUGCCGCCCGUACUGCAGUCCAUCACGGGCUGGACCACAGUAAAGUUGUACCCAUUCCAGAUCCACAGCAUUGCCCUGUCAGCAUUUGCCUCCAUCAUGGGACCUUUCGGAGGCUUUUUUGCCAGCGGCUUCAAAAGGGCCUUCAAAAUCAAGGACUUUGCAAACACCAUUCCAGGUCAUGGAGGAAUCAUGGAUCGUUUCGACUGUCAGUACCUCAUGGCCACAUUUGUAAAUGUUUACAUCGCCAGCUUUAUCAGAGGGCCAAACCCCUCUAAAGUCAUCCAGCAGCUUCUUGCUUUGAGACCAGACCAACAGCUCCACAUCUUUAACUCGCUCAAGGCUCAUCUGACAGAGAAAGGCCUGCUCCCUGCCCUGGAAGAAGCAGCCUAGCUUUUCGGACCACCCCACCGGAGUGGGCUGUGGAUAGAGGGAGGAGAGAGAGUGCAGCGGAAGCAGAUCCAGGCAUGUAUGGAAGUGGGAGAUGAGAUGAACACAAGAAGGGAAACAACGGAAAACUGCACCACAACCUUGGGUCAUUCCAUUUUUGCGAGAAAGAGAGUGCGUGUGUGUGUGUGUGUGUGUGUGUGUGUGUGUGUGUGUGUGUACAAAUCAGUGUUUUUGCCUAUUUUAUUUUUUGUGAAUGUUUUAUGUUUAUCUCUUACAACACAAAAGAAUAUUAUAUAUAUUAAGAUGCCGUUGUUGUUACAGUUCUUUGUGAGUUGAGCUGUACAAUUCCACUUGCGUACAAAUGUUCCGUACCUAUAGAUCGUCUGAAUAUUUUAUAGUGUUUAUUACGUUUUAUUUUGUUUUAAUGCACUGCUCAUCACACUGUCAUUUCAACCUCAGGCUAGUCUUUGUUUAUUUUUUUGCUAACAGGUGUUUCCAUACGCCGUCAUAGUCUCAAAAAAAGAUUGUAUUUUCACUGCAGAGUGCCGUAAUUCAUAUGUUUCCAAGGUCUUGGCAUUUUUGUAACAUUAUAUUUAAGAGAAUUGUGGUCACUGAUAUCAAAUGUGCUCUUCAGCCCAGUCAGUGGUGACUGUUACGGUUCAGCUGUAAGACUGUAUGUAUACUGUACUUCCUGAAGGUAAGGAAGAUUCAGAUGUCAAUAUUCAGUGUCUGAGAGGAAGUUUAGGCCACAUUAGACUAGAAUUAUGUGGCUUUCAUGUUUGUUACAAAGAAGAGGUCCCUGUAAGCCAAACAAAUAGGAAAUAACUUUUAUUAGAUUUACGUUGUUGAUAGUUAAUAAUAAUUUGUUUUUACUCAGCACUGAAAAAAAAAAAAACAUUUGGAGAUGUUGACAGAUAUUUCGCACUGAAUGUUUAAGGAUUACUGUUUGUGGUCUAAAUCAUAAUUUUAUCAUUUCUAGUUUUAUUUGAAUGUUCUGUUGUCACUGAGCAGUUACAAGCUAAUAUUAGUCAAGCUUUGUGUGCGAGUGUGUGUGUGUGUUGUUUGUGAAAAGGAUCAGGCUGGGCCAUAAAAUCUCAUUGACUGUUUUGGUUUUGAAUUCAUUCGGUUUUGUACCAUUUUCACUGCAUGAGACCACCAUGUCUCGUUUUAUAAUUCUAUUUCAUCUGUUUUGUUUUUAACCAUCAUCUGCUGUGUAAACUCAACCAAAAGAGGGUCAGAACUACAGUGUGUUUUGGUAUUUUGUUCCUCUAUAAUAUGUGUUGUGUGUGUCAUGAACACCUGUGCCAUAAACAAUAUUUAUUUGAAGAAAAUGAAACCUUAAUGGAUGUUAUCGAGCAGCUUUAAAGGAGUAGUGUUAUACAGUAUGAGGAUGUAACCGGCUCAGGUUCACAGUCUGUGCGUACAGUCCACUGCCAUUCAACAAUAAAGAUCCAUGAGCACAUGCUUUCAGACCUGUGUGUGUUGACAAGACUGAUGAACUGUAUUGAUGGGCAAGUCAUAUGUUGGGGUUUUAAUGUAAAAAUGUAAAAUUAGUCUUAUUUAGCAUGUUUUCUUCUAUGCCCACAGGUCUCGAAAGAUAAAUAGGCAGCUUAUUACCCGAGUUAUGUUCAUCAUUCCGAGUUUAUUUACAUGAUUUAGUUGAGCACGUAACAAUAAUAAACAGCAUCACAGCUUGAAAAAUUAUGACCAUAAAUCCAAGUGUAAUAUUUGCCCCUCCAUAUUUUUACCACCCACCAUCAAUGAAUAUUUUUAAUUUAUUUUUUUCAAUUCAGUCAGCAAAACAUCAUCUUCAUCUGUGUUAAGUGGUGCAGAAAUUUUGUAAAGAUAUUUUAUUGUACCUUAUUAGUUCAGUUCAAUGUCCUGGUUUUAUAGAGAGAAUUACAUACAUUAUAGUAGAAUAUAAGAAUAUAUAUAUACCGUAUAUGUUUUACGUAGAGAUGAUUCUAUUCUUAUUCUUUACUGUAUUUGAGCGGUCCUCUAAGCCAGCCUGUGCUCUGUGUAUGUAUAGGCCCCUGUGCUGAAACAUUAGCAUACUGCACAAACUCCAGACGUGAACAGAGCAAUUGCAUUGUUUUAUAAUCAACAGAGAGAGAGUUACAAACCCGUCAUGUUGCUGGCCAACCACUGAUGUCAGGAGAGCGGGCAGAUACAUGCGUUUGAGUGCGGUGACCAAAAACAUUUAGAAAGAGACACAUUUAUCAAAGUCUUAAAUGCAUGUGAACAAGUAAAAUACUUGCCAGGUCUUCAGGCUCUUGCGCGUGGCAUUCAUGGCCACUAGAGGGCGCCAAACCAUCGGCGUGUUUGUGUGCGGUUAACAAGUGCUAGUACACCGAGAUUAACAUAUUGUUCAUUCCAAUGUUUUGGACGGUUUUUAAUGUGAUGCCUUACUUCUUUUAUUCGUAAACACUGGCAUGACACGUUAAACUUCUUAGAAAGUGUCCUAAUGUUAACAACGGUCUCCUGAAGUGUCAAAGAGAAACUGACUGCAGUGCAGUUCUGCUCUCCAUAUUUCUGGACAUUUAUUCAUGACCAUUUAAGUGAAAACAGAGAUGUUAAACCCACUCAAACGUGUUGAGCUCUUUUGGUUUGCCACUGAGAAGAAAACAACUCCUCUCUGUUGAACAAAUGAACAACAACAGCUCAAUAUGUUGUUGUUAUUUGUCUUUUAAGUAUUAUGGUCUGUAUUUCUGUUGUAUUUUGUUUUGUAAUUUUUGAUAAAGCAGAUAAAUGUGCUUUCCCUGCAGCUUUGUGUACAGUGAUUUGCUCAUUUGUAAAUGGUUAAUAAAGAGGAAAGUACAUAUAAGUACAUCCAAAUUUGA